UGAAAGUGCAAAGCAUGAUUGAAAGAUGAAAAGAGAAUGAAAAGAAAAGCACUCAAAGAAAGAGAGCAGUGACGGGGAAGGCAUCUGCAUCACCCCCAGCAGAAGAAGGGAAGGAAGGAAGAGGAAUCUCAUGAGCUAACGCCCUGCUCUGAAUGAGCAGCUCUGCCUCUCUGCUCCUCACCCUCCUCCCUCACCCCUCCAUCCCUGCUGAGCAUCACACAGGAGGAUACAACUCAGCAGCUCUGGCUUUGCUUUCCAACACUGCGUCUUAGCUUCAGUUGUGGGAGAUCCUAAGUGAACGCUCGAACUGCCAGCUAGAGAACUCCAGGUUAUGGGAGGAAGUUUGGGAGAUAAAGUCGGGGCCUCUGCCCCUGGUUGGAUCUGACCUAGAGGUUUUCUUGGGCUCUUACCGUCAUGGGGUGCACCACCAGCGUGGUUCUGCUGAAGGGGAUCCGGUCCAUCCUUGAGAGGAACUGUAGCUACAUAAAAGGAGCGGUGGAGCUAGGAUCUGUGGAAGAGGAAGAGGAAACACUGACUGUUAGGGGUUCUCAUCUGUGGAUCCCUACCACUGCUUUGGUAAAACCGAAGAUCAUAGAGCCCCUGGAAUAUGAAAAUGUGCUCCUUCAGAGGAAAACCCAGAUCAUCAGUGAUGUUCUGCGUGAUAUGCUGCAGUUUCCCACAGAUGACUUUCAGAUCUCCACCCUGCGGCGCCAGGGCCGGACUCUGCACUCCACUGUGCCAGAGACCGCAGAGAAGGAAGCUCACUCUCUGUUUGUCCAAGAGUGCAUCCAGACCUACAAGUCAGACUGGCAUGUUGUCAGCUACAAGUAUGAGGAGUAUUCCGGAGACUUCCGCCAGCUCCCAAAUAAGGUGUUGAGACCUGAGAAACUCGCUCCUCACGUGUUUGAAGUUGAUGAAGAUGCAGACAAAGAUGAGGAUACAGCUUCUCUCGGGUCUCAGAAGGGAGGAGUGUCCAAACACGGCUGGCUGUACAAAGGCAACAUGAACAGUGCUAUCAGUGUCACCAUGAGGUCUUUCAAGAGGAGGUACUUCCAUCUUGCUCAGCUGGGUGAUGGAUCCUACAACCUCAACUUCUACAAAGAUGAAAACACCUCCAAGGAGCCUAAAGGAACCAUCUUCCUGGACUCGUGCAUGGGGGUUGUUCAGAACAGCAAAGUGCGUCGAUUUGCCUUUGAGCUGAAGAUGCAGGAUAAGAGUACGUUCCUGUUGGCUGCCGACAGCGAAGCGGAGAUGGAGGAGUGGAUGAACACUCUCAACAAGAUCCUCCACAGCAGCUUUGAGCAGGCCAUGCAGGAGAAGAGGAACGGAGACCUCAAUGAUGAUGAGGAGCAGGGAAAAACAAACCUAUCCUCUGGAAGCUUUCAGGACACAUUUCAGACUGCCAGAGACAAUGAAUCUAAAAUGAGGAGUGAAACUCGGCUCAAGCUGUUUACUCUGGAUCCGGACACACAGAAGCUGGACUUUACCGGUAUUGAACCAGACGUGCGGCCGUUUGAAGAGAAGUUUGGAAAGAGGGUUCUGGUCAGCUGCCACAACUUAUCGUUCAACCUGCAAGGUUGUGUCGCAGAAAACGAAGAGGGCCCAAUGACCAAUGUAGAACCUUUCUACUUAGUCCUGUCCCUCUUCGAUGUCCAGAACACAAGGAAGAUCUCGGCUGACUUUCACGUGGAUCUCAACCACCCAAUGGUCCGACAGAUGACAUCUGGUUAUGGUACUACAUCCAAUAUCCAAAUCAUUGGUGAUGGCUCCCUGGAGCACCCAGAGCAGGCUCACCUCUAUCCCACACAAGGGGUUUUUUCAGUCACUUGCCCCCACCCAGAGGUCUUUUUGGUGGCCAGAAUUGAGAAGGUCCUACAAGGAGGGAUUACCCACUGCACCGAACCCUACAUGAAGAGCUCAGACUCUACUAAGGUCACUCAAAAAGUGUUGAAAAAUGCCAGGACAGCGUGCAGCAGACUGGGGCAGUUCAGGAUGCCGUUUGCCUGGGCUGCAAGGCCAGUGUUCAAAGACGCAUCAGGAACUCUGGAUAAAAACGCUCGUUUUUCAGCUCUGUACAGACAGGACAGCAGCAAACUGUCAGACGAGGACAUGUUCAAACUUCUCACCGACUUCAGAAAGCCAGAGAAAAUGGCCAAACUACCCGUUCUUUUAGGGAACAUAGAUGUAACUAUCGAUAACAUGGCUCCAGAUGGAACCAACUGCAUCACUUCCUCUUACAUCCCAGUCAGGAACUUUGAACAAAACAAGCAAGGCGCCACUCUCCUAGAGGUGGAGGAGUUUGUUCCCUGCAUUGCUAAGUGCGCCCAACCUUUCACCGUCUACAAAAACCACCUCUACGUCUACCCAAAACAUCUCAAGUAUGACGGACAAAAGUCUUUUGCAAAGGCGAGGAAUAUUGCUGUUUGCAUUGAAUUUAAGGAUUCUGAUGAGGACGAAGCUCAGCCACUGAAGUGCAUCUAUGGUCGCCCAGGAGGACCUCUGUUCACUAAGCAUGCAUAUGCAGCCGUCCUUCACCACCAGCAGAACCCUGAGUUCUAUAAUGAGAUCAAAAUAGAGCUGCCCACUCAGCUACAUGAGAAACAUCACCUUCUCUUCAGCUUCUAUCACGUCAGCUGUGACAACAACAGUAAAAAGAAAGAUAUGGUGGAGACUCCUGUUGGUUCAGCUUGGCUGCCUCUGCUGAGGGAUGGAGGCAGAGUCAUCAUAAAUGAGCAGCAACUUCCUGUGGCUGUUAAUCUACCUGCGGGGUACCUCAAUGCCCAGGACAACAAGCAGUCUGGUUUGGAGAUCAAAUGGGCUGAUGGAGGAAAACCUCUGUUCACAGUCUCAACUCAUCUAGUUUCAACAGUGUACACUCAGGAUCAGCAUUUACACAACUUCUUCCACCACUGUCAAAGCAUGGAGAUGUCAGAACGAGCCUCGGAGGGAGAGCUGAUUAAAUACCUGAAGAGUCUUCAUGCUAUGGAAGGUCACGUAAUGGUAAACUUCCUGCCCACCAUCCUCAACCAGCUCUUCAGCGUUCUGACCAGGACGACACAUGAGGAUGUGGCUGUCAAUGUUACCAGGGUGAUAGUUCACAUAGUAGCUCAGUGCCACGAGGAGGGUCUUGAACAUUACCUAAGAUCUUACGUCAAGUUUGUGUUCAAGCCAGAACCUUAUUCUUCCAUCAGUGUGAAAACCAUUCACGAGGAGCUGGCUAAAGCCAUGACAGCCAUCCUCAAGCCAUCUACAGAUUUCUUAACAAGUAACAAGCUUCUGAAGCACUCGUGGUAUUUCUUUGAAGCCCUUGUGAAAUCCAUGGCUUAUUAUCUGAUGGAAAGCGGUAAGGUCAAGCUUUCCAGGAACCAGCGGUUUUCCGCCUCCUUUUACCACUCAGUGGAGACUCUGGUCAACAUGCUGAUGCCUCACAUCACCCAGAAAUACAAGGAGAACUUGGAUGCUUCCCGCAAUGCCAACCAUAGCCUGGCGCUCUUCAUCAAGCGUUGCUUCACCUUCAUGGACCGAGGCUUUGUAUUCAAGCUGAUCAACAACUACAUGAACUGCUUUCUGCCUGGAGACCCCAAGACUUUGUUUGAAUUUAAGUUUGAGUUCCUGCGAGUGGUUUGCCACCACGAGCACUAUGUGCCUCUCAAUCUGCCCAUGCCCUUUGGAAAAGGCCGAAUUCAGAGGUUUCAAGACCUCCAGCUGGACUACUCUCUGACUGAUGACUUCUGUCGGAACCACUUUCUGGUGGGUUUUCUGUUACGGGAGGUGGGUACUGCUCUCCAGGAGCAGAAAGAAAUCAGACAGAUCUCCAUCCAGGUGCUAAAGGGUCUGAUGAUUAAACACACGUUUGAUGAUCGCUACGCUGCCAAGAGCCACCAGGCCAGACUGGCCACUCUCUACCUUCCUUUGUUUGGUCUUCUUCAAGAGAAUGUCAACAGGCUGGAUGUGAAGGACUCAGCUCCUCCCAGCAGCCAAAAUCACAUAAGAGAGGACUCUCUGGUCCCAAACUCCAUGGUGAACCCCCAGAAGCCUGGAAGCUGUAUAGAAAAUGCUCUCCACAAGGACGUCUUUGGGGUCAUCUCUGGGACAGCUUCCCCUCACAGCUCCACCCCUAAUGUGAGCUCGGUUCACCACACAGGCUCCAGAGGCUCUCUGAUCUCCACCGACUCAGCAAACAGCCUUCUGGACAAGAGCAGCGACAAAACCAACUCACUGGAGAAGAAGAGCCAAUGUGUGUCCACGCUGGGCAGCAGCAUUCUGCGCUGGGACAAACUGGACCGAGAGGAUAUCAGAAACCUGCUCAUGUGCUUCCUGCACAUCCUCAAGAGCAUGUCAGAGGAGGCCCUGUUUGCCUACUGGAACAAAGCAACCCCCUCAGAGUUAAUGGACUUCUUCACUUUAAUAGAAAUCUGCCUCCAUCAGUUCAGAUACAUGGGGAAGAGAUUCAUCUCCAGGAGCCAGGAGGGGGUGGGGCCUGUAGCUGCAGACAGGAAGUCUCUGACACUACCUGUGCCUCGUAACAGGGCGGGGAUUCUCCAUGCCCGUCUGCAGCAACUGGGAACUCUGGAGAAUGCCCAUACGAUCACUAACAUGUACUCUCACACCGAAGCAGAUGUAAACAGCCAGUGUCUGCUGGAGGCCAACAUCUCCACAGAGGUCUGUCUGACCGUGUUGGACACCCUCAGCACCUUCAUCAUGGGAUUCAAGACCCAGCUGGCUUCAGAUUUAGGUCACAACCCCCUGAUGAAGAAGGUUUUCCUGGUGCACCUGUGCUUCCUGCAGAUCCCUCAGUCAGAAGUUGCCCUCAAGCAGGUCUUCACCUCCCUCAGGACCUUCAUCUACAAGUUUCCCUGCACCUUCUUCGAUGGCCGGGCAGACAUGUGCGCCUCUCUCUGCUAUGAAAUCCUCAAGUGCUGCAACUCAAAGCUGAGCUCCAUCCGCAGUGAUGCCGCCCAUCUUCUCUACUUCCUCAUGAAAAGCAACUUUGACUACACGGGCCGCAGGUCUUUUGUUCGGACGCACCUGCAGGUGGUAAUCGCUGUUAGUCAGCUGAUCGCUGAUGUCAUCGGCAUUGGGAGCACCCGGUUCCAGCAGUCCCUUUCCAUCGUCAACAACUGUGCCAACAGUGAUAAGAGCAUAAAGCACACAGCAUUUCCUUCAGAUGUGAAGGACCUGACCAAACGCAUCAGGACGGUGCUGAUGGCAACGGAGCAGAUGAAGGAGCAUGAGAACGACCCGGAGAUGCUGGUGGACCUCCAGUACAGCUUGGCCAAGUCCUACACCAGCACCCCUGAGCUCCGGAAGACCUGGCUGGACAGCAUGGCUCGCAUCCACAACAAGAACGGAGAUCUGUCUGAGGCGGCAAUGUGUUAUGUGCAUGUUGCUGCUUUAGUGGCUGAGUACCUGUGGCGAAAAGGAAUGUUCAGGCAGGGCUGCUCAGCAUUCCGGGUCAUCACUCCAAACAUUGACGAAGAGGCAGCCAUGAUGGAGGAUGUUGGGAUGCAGGAUGUUCACUUCAGCGAGGAGGUUUUGCUGGAGCUGCUGGAGGAGUGUACUGAUGGUCUGUGGAAGGCUGAGCGUUAUGAGCUCAUUGCUGACAUCUACAGACUCAUUAUUCCCAUCUAUGAAGAACGCAGGGACUUCGAGAAACUGACACACUUGUACGAUACUCUCCACCGUGCUUACACCAAAGUGAUGGAGGUGAUGCAUACGGGCAAGAGGCUGCUGGGAACAUACUUCAGAGUGGCCUUCUUUGGACAGGGCUUCUUUGAGGACGAAGAUGGAAAGGAAUAUAUCUACAAGGAGCCAAAGUUUACUCCACUCUCUGAAAUCUCCCAAAGACUUCUGAAACUCUACUCUGACAAAUUUGGCCAGGAGAAUGUCAAGAUCAUUCAGGAUUCUGGAAAGGUGAACCCUAAGGACCUGGACUCAAAAUACGCCUACAUUCAGGUGACUCAUGUGACACCCUAUCUAGAUGACAAGGAAGUAGAGGACAGGAAGACCGACUUUGAGAAGAGCCACAACAUCCGGCGCUUUGUGUUUGAGACACCAUUCACGGUUUCGGGGAAAAAGCAGGGAGGAGUGGAGGAACAGUGUAAACGGCGCACUGUUCUUACCACCACCCACUGUUUCCCGUAUGUGAAGAAGCGUAUAGCAGUCAUGUACCAACACCAGACUGACAUGAGCCCCAUUGAGGUAGCCAUAGAUGAGAUGAGCUCCAAGGUGGCUGAGCUGAGACAGCUGUGCUCCGCCUCCGAGGUGGACAUGAUUCGACUGCAGCUCAAACUUCAGGGCAGCAUCAGUGUGCAGGUGAACGCUGGUCCCCUCGCAUACGCCAGAGCCUUCCUGGAUGACAGCAGUGCCAAGAAAUAUCCAGAUAACAAGGUCAAGCAGCUGAAAGAGGUCUUCAGGCAGUUUGUGGACGCCUGUGGUCAGGCCCUAGGGGUGAAUGAACGUCUGAUUAAAGAAGACCAACAGGAGUAUCAUGAUGAGAUGAAGGCCAACUAUAGGGACAUGAUCAGAGAGCUGUCAGACAUCAUGCACGAACAAAUCAGUCCAAUGGAAGAAGGUGCCAGGACAGCUCUGUCUGACUCGAUGGGUAUCUUCAACGCCAUCAGCGGCACUCCGGGCUCAAACCCACCAGGCUCCACCCUCUGAGAGGGAUGCCUGACUCCAGACUCAGACCCCCUCCACCACAAAUGACUGGUUAAACUGUGAUGCAUUUGAAAAACUUAACCAAAUGCAACCAUUCUGUAAGAGUUGAACUUUUUCUGUUCUGAUUGUGUCACCAGCUGCAACAGUCAACAUUACAUUUGUUGGACACUGUUCUUGUUUCCUAUGGAGACUUCAUUUUAUGCUGUUAAAUCAUUUAUCUUUGUGUAACGUUGGUUUCACCCUUUGUAAACGAAGAGAAACACACAAUAGGCUUGUGUCCUUAUAAACACAAUAGUGUCUGACGUCCAACGCUGCCAUUGGUACCAUCCAGGACCUGAGACUGAGACCUGAGCUUCAGGAUAUCCAUCCAGUCAAGGUCUGCAGUUGUUCUUGGUCAAUUUCUAUUUAAUUUUUUUAAAGAAAUUAUUUCUCUAUGAUAGGCCAGUGGACCUUGCCUAAAGCCAAGUGGAGGACCAGAUUAUUUUUGAACUAUUUUAUAAAAAAUGUGUGCAAUAUUUUGUGAAGUGACCAAGGCCUCCUGCUGGACAGAAUAUUGCCAAAGAUUUUAGGAACAGUCCAUCAUGUUCUCCCUCUGUCUGUCCUGUUGAAGCCUUUUUAUUAGCUGUCAGGUCAAAUAAAAGCAAAAACGUCUUUA